AUGAACUGCAACAACACUGAACGGAUUAAUUAUUAUAAUAAUGACAUUGAUGAAUGUGAUGAGUGUGAUGAAGAUGAAAUGAUCAGUAAAGCACAAGACUAUUAUUUUGAAGCACGAUACGAUGAUGCAAUAGAAGUAUUGAACAAGAUAGAAAAAGAGGAUGGAGCAAUUUAUCAAAUGAUUGUGAUGUGUUAUUGUGAGAAGAAGGAAUAUCAAAAGGCAUUUGAAAAUGCAAAAAAAUGGAGGGCUAUUGCUAAACGAGACACGGCAUUACAGAGUAGAAAAGCAUUAAUGAACAUGUCAUACCUGUGUGAUGAGAAAGAAGUAAUGAGAGAGGUGAGUGAUAAAAUGAUACAAUGGAAUGAGGAUUUGAGUGAUGUAAUAUUGUUAAGAUUAGACAUGUUUCCUGAUGAGAAGGACACAGUUAUUGGGACAAUUGAAAGUAAAAUUAAGGCAAAAGAGCUGAGAGAAGAAGAAGUGAUGAUACUAUCAGAAGUGUUAAGAGUGCUCAGUGAGAAACAAAACAAAGGAAAUGACCAUAUGAACGAGAUAGGAGAACAGGCAUAUACCUAUGGAGUAUUGACUAAAGUGGUGAUGUUAAUCAAUGGAAUUGGUGAUAAUGACAAAACACAAUGUCUUUCAAUCUGGAAAGGAUUGGAGAACAAGAAUAACCAAAUAGUCAACUCAAUCAGAAUGAUGGAAGGAACACCUAUUGCACAACAUGGAAUCCACAUGGUAAUUAGAAAACAUGGGAAAAUGAAUGAAGAAGUUGAUUAA